AUGGCUAGACUUCUACUGAGAAAAAUUUCAACCAUGGAACCAAUUGCCAGUUCAUCAGCCAUCGACUUCCCGCAGGAGUUCGUAAAGUUUUUAAAUGAGGCACAUUCUCCAUAUCAUACUGUACAUGUUAUGAAAAGGCAAUUACUUGAGAAUGGUUUCAAGGAGCUACAAGAGUCGAAGACAUGGGCAAGAUCCCUUCAUGCUGAUGGCAAAUAUUUCGUCACAAGAAAUAACUCAUCAAUUAUUGCCUUCAGCGUAGGUGGAAAGUUUUCACCAGGGAAUCCAAUUGCCAUCAUUGGUGGCCAUACUGACUCACCAACAUUGAGAGUCAAACCAAUAUCAAAAAGAACAAAUGAAAAGUAUUCUCAGGUAGGUGUAGAAUGUUACGGCGGAGGUAUCUGGCAUUCGUGGUUCGAUUCAGAUCUAUCUGUUGCAGGGAGAGUGUUUGUGAAAACUGCAGAUGGAGGAUCUGAAGCAAAACUCGUUGAUUUAAAAAGGCCCUUAUUGAAGAUUCCCACUUUAGCCAUUCAUUUGGACAGGGAAGUCAAUCAAAAAUUUGAGUUCAACAAAGAAACUCAAUUGCUACCAGUUUCUGGGAUGGCAGACCUUGAUUUGUCUGACAAAAAAAAAGCUGUAGAUGAUGAGCCAUUCUCUUCAUUGAAAUCUAUAGUGCAAAGACAUAAUGAAGACUUUCUGGAUCUCAUUGCUCAAAAACUAGAUUUGAAAUCCGUUUCUGAGAUUGAGGAUUUCGAACUGAUUUUGUACGAUUUUGCUGCUUCUACCUUGGGUGGAGUUCGUGACGAAUUUGUAUUUUCAGGAAGACUUGAUAAUUUGACAUCCUGUUUCACCGGUCUCCAUGGGUUAUUAUUAUCAAGUGAUGAAAGUCUUGCUGCUGAGACUGGUAUUAGGUUAUUGGCAUGCUUUGAUCACGAGGAAGUUGGAUCAUCGUCUGCUCAAGGUGCCGACUCCAAUUUUUUGCCCAACAUCAUUGAAAGAUUAAGCUCCGCGGUCUCAUACACGACUACAGAUGAUAAAUUGAAAGGUAAAAAUUUUCUUCUCGAAACUUAUGCGAAAUCAUUCUUUCUAUCCUCUGACGUUGCUCAUGCUGUGCAUCCAAAUUAUGCAGGUAAACACGAGUCCCAACACAAGCCAGUCAUUGGCGCAGGACCGGUUAUAAAGAUAAACGCCAAUCAGCGCUAUAUGACAAAUUCUCCUGGCUUGGUUUUGUUAAAAAAAGUAGCUGAUAGUGCCAAUGUUCCUCUACAAUUAUUCGUAGCCGCUAAUAAUUCACCCUGUGGCUCGACGAUAGGCCCCAUUCUCGCAUCAAAAACAGGUAUAAGGACUCUAGAUAUCGGAAAUCCAAUUCUCAGUAUGCAUUCAAUUAGAGAAACGGGUGGUUCUGCCGAUUUAAAAUAUCAAAUCGAUCUAUUUAAAGAAUUCUUGAAACAGUAUAGCGUUCUAUCCGAGAAGAUAAAUGUUUAA